CGGAUGGAGCCUGCUCUACACUGAGCUGUGCGCUGCCCGGGACCAGCGCGUCACCUGAAUGUGGAGACAUGAGACAGGAGAGCGCAGGGGCAGAGGGGACACCGCCAGUCCCAGUCACGAGAGUGGGCUCGAGCCAGCAAUGACUCACAGGGCGCGCGGAAAAGAAACGAGGUAAAGCAGUGGAACUUUUCACGAGAGAAAAGACUGAACUAAUGAGCCACGCGCGCUCUUUCCUGUGAACUAUCAACAGUUUGACCCUCGAGUAGCGCUUCCAGACAGAGGAAACGAUGGAGCCGGAGGGCAACACCGAGACAGCGGCCACGAACCUGGCGCAGACCGCCGCCUCCAAACUGUCCCAGAUGAGUGAGAGAACUAAACAGCUGGGCACGGUCAUGCAGGACCCGGUGCGCCAGAAGCGCGUCAUCCUGGUGAUCGUGUGCAUAGCGCUGCUUUUGGACAAUAUGCUGUACAUGGUGAUUGUGCCCAUCAUCCCGGAUUACCUGGAGGACCUGCAGAAACAAGCAGCGCAAGGAGUGGUACGCACGAACUUCACAAACGGCACCGCGCCCAAAGUGACCAAGGAGAACUUUGACGUGCAGAUCGGAGUUCUGUUCGCGUCCAAAGCCGUGGUACAGCUGAUCGUCAACCCGCUGAGUGGCACUUUCAUAGACCGGGUGGGCUAUGACAUCCCACUCUUCAUCGGUCUCAACAUUAUGUUCCUGUCCACAGUCAUCUUUGCCUUCGCGGAAAACUAUGCCACACUGUUCCUCGCGCGCAGCAUGCAGGGCCUGGGCUCGGCGUUCGCGGACACAUCGGGCAUCGCGCUCAUCGCUGACAGGUACACGGAGGAGGCGGAGCGCAGCAAGGCGCUGGGGAUCGCACUGGCCUUCAUCUCCUUUGGGAGCCUCGUGGCACCCCCUUUUGGCGGGUUGCUCUAUGAGUUUGCUGGGAAGCACGUGCCCUUCAUAGUCCUCGCGGCCAUGUGCCUGGGGGACGGUAUCAUGUGCCUGACGGUGCUCAAGCCCUUCUCCAACCGGGAGCGCGAGAACAUGCCCGUGGGUACGCCCAUCUACAAACUCAUGGUUGACCCGUACAUCGCGGUGGUGGCGGGCGCGCUCAUCAUAUGCAACAUCCCGCUGGCCUUCCUGGAGCCCACCAUCGCCAACUGGAUGGAGGAGACCAUGCACUCGGAGCAGUGGCAGGUGGGCUUGACGUGGUUCCCCGCCUUCUUCCCGCACGUGCUGGGUGUGUUUUUGACGGUUAAACUCGCGGCUAAGUACCCCCACCUACAGUGGUUCUAUGGGGCUAUUGGCAUGGUGUUCAUUGGGGCGAGCUCGUGCACAAUCCCCGCGUGUAAAACCUUUGGACAGCUCAUGAUCCCGUUGUGCGGAAUCUGCUUUGGCAUCGCCUUCGUGGACACGGCCCUGCUGCCCACUCUGGGCUUCCUGGUGGAUGUGAGGCACGUGUCCGUGUACGGCAGCGUGUACGCCAUCGCAGACAUCUCGUACUGCGUGGCAUACGCCAUGGGGCCCAUCGUGGCGGGAAAAAUAGUGCAUGACUUGGGGUUUAUUCAGUUGAACUUAGGAAUGGGCCUGGCUAACAUGCUUUACGCACCGGCGCUGCUGCUACUCAAAAACGUGUCCAAAAUGAAGCCGUCCUACUCCGAGAGAAACAUGCUGUUGGAGGACGGCACCACGGGACUGUACGACACGAUCAAGAUGGAACAGCGGGAGAAGAAGAAGAAGGGCCUGUGCACCACAAUAGACGAGAACGGCAUCGAAACUUUCGCAAAGCGCUCCUUCUCAGAGGAGGAGUCCUCAGGCGGAGAGUACGCGUAAAGACGCACUGUUCCUCUAUCCAAGUGCCAAUGUAAACGUGUGUGCAUCCCGUCCUCCCACUCGUCAUUAGGGUUGUGUAAUAACAUCCAUUAUUUAGCGCGUCACGGGAGCGCCUCCUCUGGGUAUUGUCACAUAGAGUUAAUUGCGAGAUCGAUGUCCAUUAAUUAACACUGUAUUUAUCACUGUGGAUAUGAUAUUCAGGGACUGUCUUAACUAAAGAGCGAUUGUCAUGUCAAGGCCUCGUGUUCGCUGUUUUCUUUUUGCUGCUAACUUAAUAUGCAAUACUGUGUGUGACUGCGACGUGACUGACGUACUGUUUGUUUUGAAUGAUGUUCUGUGGAAUGCAUAGCCUCUGUAUAUGAGC